GGUGAACCCGGGUUUCCAGGCUCAGCUGAAGCUCUACGAGGCCAUGGGCUGCGCCGUGGACAGCAGCAGCGCCCUCUACAAGCGGUACCGGCUGCAGAUGCCCACGCAGAGAUAUGCAGAACUUCAGGACUUGCCUCGAGAGGUCUUUGCUGUUGAUCCAACCAAUGUAUGUCAGACUCCAAACACAGAGGUUCUCUACAGGUGCAGGAAAUGCAGGCGUGCUCUGUUCCGAAGUUCCAGCAUCCUGUCUCACAUGGAAGGAAGUGGCCCGACAGCCUUUGUCCACAAGAGGAUAACGGACUCUGCUCAGCUUUGUGGUGACAGCCGUGAGAAGUGUACCUCUUACUUCACUGAGCCCGUGCAGUGGAUGGAGCCAGCGUUGCUUGGAGUAAUGGAAGGACAGCUGCUGUGCCCCAAAUGCACAUCGAAGCUGGGCUCCUUCAGCUGGCGGGGGGAGCAGUGCUCCUGCGGCCGCUGGGUGACACCUGCCUUCCAGAUCCACAAAAGCCGCGUGGAUGAAGUGAGGACGCUGCCAGUCGGGAACUUCCACGCUGCCAAAACCUGA